AUUGUUUCAAAAUUAAUAAUUUUAAUUUUACAUUGUUAUUAGUGUAUACAAAACCUUAGAUAAUGAAAUUAUUUUAGCUAAUUUUUUAAAUUCUGCAAUGAAAGAUAAAGAAUAUGAUUUAAUUACUUAACCUAAUCAAAUAGAAAUUUAAUUAUUGCUCUAAAAAUUUAAUGAUUUCCAUAUAUAUAUGUCACAGCAUGGAUUGGCAGAUCCAAUUUCUUUGACUCUUUGCGUUGCGAAGUUUGUUCCAAGCUGGGACACGCAAUUUGCGGGAGGGCCUGCAAUCGCGCUCCUUCCUCCACCUCACAACGUUUCUUAGCUUCUUAUCAAGCUUUCUUUGGACUUUUGGGUGUCAAAGAUGAUGCAAUUAUUGGGUGCUCGAGUUUGAUUGAAUAUUCAAGAUUUUGGAUUCGGUAUUCAUCUGGCUGGGUGUUACCGUUACUUGGUCUGUUUUUUACACUGUUGGGAAUCAAUUUUUGGUGGUUGAUCAAGUUUCUGGGCUCUUUUCCUCAUCUGGGGUAAGCCUAUUCAUUGAUACCAGAAAACUAUGACUGUGGUAGUUAUUUUAAUUAAGAGACAAUAGUGCUGGCAUUGACAAUUGAGCUAGGAGAUAAUGGGCCGUGGAGGUAUCAUCUCUAAGGAGAUGAUAGAGUCACGCAUUGCAUUUGCAGACUAUGAAUCAUCAACUUCCAAUGCAGAGUUCAAAGUUUCCCCUUUCACAAAACCAGCAACUUGUUUGGGUGGUAAUCAUGGAACAUCAUCAAUUAGUGAUGUGCAGAACCUGCUUGAAUGUCCUGUCUGCAUGAGUUUAAUGUGCCCUCCAAUUUACCAGUGUCCCAAUGGUCAUACUCUAUGUUCAUACUGCAAGGCUCGAGUACACAACUUUUGCCCCACUUGCCGUGGAGAGCUUGGAAAUAUAAGGUGCUUGGCUCUGGAGAAAGUUGCCGAGUCACUUGAACUCCCAUGCAAAUAUCAGAUUGUAGGUUGCCCCGAUAUAUCUCCAUACUACAGCAAGCUAAAGCAUGAAAAGAACUGCAAAUAUCGUCCGUACAACUGCCCAUAUGCUGGAGCUGAAUGUUCUGUCAUUGGUGACAUUCCACUUCUUGUUACGCAUCUCAAGAAUGAUCACAAGGUUGACAUGCAUGAUGGGUGUACCUUCAAUCACAGAUAUGUCAAAUCCAAUCCCCAAGAAAUUGAUAAUGCUACUUGGAUGUUAACUGUUUUCAAUUGCUUUGGCAGACAGUUUUGCUUGCACUUCGAGGCGUUUCAACUAGGAAUGGCACCUGUUUACAUGGCCUUCCUGAGAUUCAUGGGCAAUGAAGACGAGGCAAGGCAAUUUAGUUACAGCCUGGAAGUUGGUGGAAAUGGCAGAAAGCUUACCUGGCAAGGAAUUCCAAGAAGCAUCCGUGAUAGCCAUAAGAAAGUUCGAGAUAGCGAAGACGGACUAAUCAUUCAGAGAAAUAUGGCACUUUUCUUUUCCGGGGUUGAUCAGCAGGAGCUGAGGCUGAAAGUGGCAGGACGCAUCUGGAAAGAACAGUGACAUGUAUAACUUUAAACCUCUGAAAGAACAUUGCACUUAGAAAUAAAGGAUGUCAAUACAUGUAAUGUAUGUCCUCUGUAAAUAAGUGGCAUCAUUUGCUUACAUUUGUAGCUUAUUUGAAAGAGUUAAGAAAGCAUCUUUUGUCUUUUA